AUGGGCAACACUGAGAUGCUCAAGUUGAUGCUUGAGGCUGGAGCACAGACGAAGAAGAAGAUGAGCAGUGGUGAGACGCUUCUGCUGUAUGUCAUCGACCACGGAAGAAAGGAUCAGGCUAGACUGUUGUUGGAACACGGUGCUGAUCCAAACGCGACUGAUAAGAAGGGGAGGACGCCGUUGAUGCAGGCCAUCUCGAGGAGGGAUGUAGACUUGAUCAAGUUGCUCAAGGCGCAUGGUGCGGAUGUGAAU